AUGGCGUCCGCGGAGCAACAGCCCCGCCCCUUGAAGGUGUUGAUUGUGGGAGCAGGUAUCGCCGGGUUGACCGCCGCACUGGGCCUGCGUAAGAACGGCCACGAAGUGACUCUGUUUGAGCGAUCGCAACUCGCCAGAGAGACGGGUGCGGCGAUCCACCUGGCCCCUAACUGCCAUGGCAUUCUUCGGAGACUGGGUGUGCUGCCCGAGACCUUUGGCGCAAAUCCCGUGCAGGGCAUGACCACCUAUGACGGCAACGGCAACAUCACAGUUGAUGUGGACCUCAGGAAAUCACUCCUGAUCUGGCAGCAUCCAUGGAUGCUCGCACACCGCGUCCGGCUGCAUGAGGAGCUCAAGCGCCAGGCCACGGCCGCGGAGGGCGAGGGCAAGCCGGCGGUGCUCAAGACCUCGAGCUGUGUUGCAUCUGUCGACCCCGACACUGCCACCGUCACGCUCGAGGACGGCUCAUCGUUCUCCGGCGACUUGGUGCUCGGCGCCGAUGGCGUCAGCUCUGUCACCCGCAGGAGCGUCACCCUGCAGGACAUCAAGCCCUUCGACUCCGGCAAGAGCGCCUUCCGGUUCAUGAUCCCCGUGGCCCAGAUCCGCGCGAACCCGGCGACGGAGAAGUUCGUCCAGCGCGACGGCUACAUGAGAAUAUGGAUCGGCAAAGACCGGCGGCUGGUCAUGUAUCCCUGCUCGGACAACACGAUGAUGAACUUUGUCGCCAUCCACCCGAGCGAGCUCUCGGCUUCCAAGGGAGAGGGAUGGAACCGCGCAGCGACGAAGGAGAUGCUCGUCGACGUGUUCAGCGCCUUCGAUCCAGCCGUCCGGGCGCUGCUGGAGAUGGCAGAUACCAGCUCGCUCAAGGUCUGGACGCUGCUCGACAUGGACCGGAUUCCCACCUGGCACCGUGGGCGGGUGGCGUUGGUGGGGGAUGCCGCGCAUCCGUUUCUGCCGCAUCAGGGGCAGGGAGGCGGCAUCGCCAUCGAGGACGCGGCGUCCAUCUGCGUGCUGUUCCCGCGGGAUACGCCCGUUGAGGAGAUCCCCGAGCGGCUCGCGCUGUACGAGAAGAUCCGCGACGAGCGGGCGCACAAGGUGCAGGAGUUGACCCGCACGGCGGGCAUGGACCCGACCGACGCCAACCGCGGGAGCUUCAGAAUGAUGGAGUUCCGGGACUACAACUUCGGCCACGACGAGUGGCACCACUCGACGCACAUGCUGCGCAAGCACCUGUGGUCGCGGCACGGGCCCGUCCGCCUGCGCGCGCCCCUGUCCUUCGGGCCCAUGCCCUCGCCGCGGCAGGACCACUUCGGCCGCGCCAUCCCGGCCCACGACUCCGCCUUCACCACCUGCUCGGUCCGCCUGCGCUCGUCCGCCACGUACCUGCGCACCCUGUUCCCCUCGCCCGCGUUUGGCUUCGUCGCGCCCGGCACCGUCGCCGAGGCCACGCUGCGCUGCACCGAGCUGCGGGACAUGCGCUGGCUCGGCGGCGGCGGGUAUCGCUUUGUCGGGCUGUGGGUGCACGGGGUGCAGUAUGUGAAGAGGGAUGGCGGAAGCGUGGUCGGGUCGUUCUUGGUCGUGCUGAUGGAGAGCUUGUCGGAUGCGGUGACGACCGGGAGGGAGGAGCUGGGCAUGCCGAAGGUGUUUUGCGAUGUUGGGAUUGAAGACCAGGGGGGCAGUGUGAAGGUGGAGUGCAGCUGGCGCGGCGCGUCGUACUUGCGGAUGUAUCUGGACGGGCUGAAGGAGGAGCCGGUUGAGGCCGCGGCCGUCGAGGGCAGCGGCAGCGCCGUCGGAGAGAGGCCGGCGCCGCCGGGCAUGGGUCUUCCUCCUAAGGAGGAGGGCACGCUGGUCUACCGCUACGUGCCGGCCGUGGGCAAGCCCGGCGAGGCGGAUGCCGAGUAUGCCGUGCUGGUCCGCGAGGGGGCGAAGACGCCGCCCAGGGUGGAGAAGAGGCGCCGCAGCGCCGAGGCCAGGCUGGAGUUCUCGCCGGGGACCUGGGACAGCCUGCCCACGCUGCACCACAUCGCUUCUGCGCUUGCCGAGAUGCCCAUCUAUGGCGUUGUCGAGGCCAAGGUUGAGGAGGGCCACGGGGUUGACGAUCUGUCGAGUGCCCAGCGGAUUGAAUAG